CGCCUCUGAUAAAGCCUUAAUAAACAUCAAUUGUUCCAAUGAGGCAGCACAAGAAACUUCAGUAAUUGAUGAAGCCACGAGAGAACACGUUUCCUUAAAUGGAGCAGCGAUCGACACGUCAGUAAAUGAUGAAGAUACCAAGGAACACAUGUCUUUGAAUGAGUCACGACAAAAGACUCCAGUCGUUGAUGUAACAGCAGAAAAAAAACUUUCUAUAAAUGAGCCAGUGCACCUAACUAUAGUUAUUGAUGAAGCCACAGAAAAAUACUCUUCUUUAAACGAGGUAGAAAAAAACGCUGCAAUCAUUGAUGAAUGUACAAAGGAACGCACUUCCUUGAAUGGGGCAGGACAAGAAACUACAGUCGUUGAUGAUACAUUAGAAGAAAACUCUCCUCUAAAUGAGCCAUUAAACAAAACUACAGUCACUGAUGAAGCCACAGAAAAACACACUUCUAUAAACGAGGCUGCAAAAAAAGCUGCAGUUAUUGAUGAAAGCCCAGAGGAACGCACUUCUUUGAAUGGGGCCGGACAAGAAACUACAGUCAUUGAUGAAUCUACAAGGGAAGGCACUUCUUUGAAUGGGAUUGCACAAGAAUAUACAGUCAUUGAUGAAGUCACAAAGGAACACGCUUCUUUGAAUGAGUCAGCACAAGAAAUUACAGUCAUUGAUGAAGUCACAAAGGAACGUGCUUCUUUGAAUGGGACAGCACAAGAAACUACAGUCAUUGAUGAAACCAAGACGGCCCAAUCUUCCCUAAGCCCGGAGAAGCCAAAAUAUUCCGUUUUUGAUGACGAAGCGGUGAAACUCGUGGUUGAGGAGCCUACAAGGAAGAAGCUAUUCUACAGACGAGUUAUAGAGUUACAAAGAAGUGAAACAUCUCUUGCACCUUCAGAAAGCGGUGAAAAACAUUCACCAGAAAUUCGACAUGUUGUUGUUGAUGUUCCCCCAGAUGGAGGCUAUGGCUGGGUGAUAGUGGCGGCCGUGUGCUUCAUUUUGGUGAUCAUACCUUCAGUGAACUCAUGCUACGGAUUCGUGUACGCGAAGGUGAUGCAGGAGAGCAAUUUCACCAACACGCAACUCGUGGGGGUAGCCACCGUCGCCUACGCUCUCAAGCAUCUACUGUCCCCGGCGUCUAGCAGACUGAGUGAAGUAUGGGGUUCGAGAGCCGUGACUGUGGCAGGCCUGGUGAUGUCCAGCGCGGCGCUACUGAUCGCGGUGUUGGAUCAUCGAUGGUGUACCCACAAUUGACCAUCGUGACUCAGCAAUAUUUCACGACCAAGAGAGUAACCGCGCUUGCUCUGGCCGGCGUAGGCAUGCCUCUCGGCAACAUUGUAAUGCCUCCUCUUGUACACUACCUUCUUGAUAACUUUGAAUUACGAGAGGCUCUUUGGAUCUGGUCAGGAAUUUUGCUGAGCACCUGCUUCGCGGCUCUGCUCUUCCAUCCUGUACAGCGGCACAUGAAGCAACAAAUUCGAAUUAUUCCGGAAGAAGCUCAAAAUACUUUUAAUUAUAUAUCCUGGCAACGCAGUCGGAGGAGAGAUAGCGUUCAAAUGGCUUUUAUAGACGAAGUCGAGCUCGCUAGAAGUGGCAGUUGCGCCAGCAUUACUUCAAAAUCCCAAAUAAGAAAAACACGACAACGAAAUUCAGUAUCAACUUCGCACCAAGACGAAUUGAGAAAUAAAUUUUCGAGUUCUACUGCUCCGGGAAAAUUGACUCUUUCCUUUUCGGAGCCGAAAUUUCUAAAAAUCAACAUGACGCAUUCGUUCAUUGAAAAUAAAGAUUCGGGAAAAGAAGAAGAAAAACUUUUCAAAACUGAAAACAAUGUGUUGGGAGCAUCACACAGUUUUACCGAAACGGGGCAUGAUGGCUCUGAACCAGAGACGAAAAUUGGAAACGUGAAAAAUGAACAAGCGACCAAAAAUUGGAAAGGGUUUGUGGAAGAAUUGGACGAAUUAAUAAAGUCUUAUAAAGAUGUCGUGUCGCACAAAGUAUUCUUUAUAGCGUGUUUCUCGUCAGCUGUUGUUCGACUGUACAUAUUCAGGGCCAUGUUCACCGCCCUCGCUUGUCUAGUGGCAGCAUUAGCAGGCAACCUGACCGUGCUGUACACGUCCUGCUUCCUGAUGGGUUCUGGCAUCGGCGUGCAGAGCAGCACGUCAUCCGUGCUGCUGGUGGAGGCCAUAGGCAUGGCCCUCCUCAGCAGGGGCCUCGGCCUCAGCCUUUUCUUUGUCGGUAUCCUGGGCCUCAUCGUCAUGCCUCUCAAUGGUGGGUGAUGUCCUGGGCCUCAUCGUCAUGCCUCUCAAUGGUGGGUGAUGUCCUGGGCCUCAUCGUCAUGCCUCUCAAUGGAGUGUUGCCUGACGUCACAGGUUCGUACAGUGCGUGCUAUUUCGUGCUGUUCGUGUGCGGUUUGCUGCCUCCGCUGUUAUGGUCUGCAGGAUACAAGUUCAUUUCGUGGAUCGAAGAAAGAAAAGAUCGGAAAUUUGACGUUGGAUUCCCCGAUGAUCGAGACCGAAAUAAUGUAAGGCAAAUGAGGAAACAUCUCGCUACCGAAGUGGAAUGAGAAAGACGUAUUAAUGUUGCAAGGCUUGAAUAAAGUGGUAUGUGAGCUUUCGGGAAAAAAACAUUAUUCUUACAAGAAAUUGGUAAAUUUUCUUGAAAAAUUUAUCUUUCAGGGACAAAUGAGUGGACGAGGGAUGAGUUGGCAUCGAAAUUCAUCGAUGAAGUAACAAAGCGAAAAGAUAUUUUCUA